AUGUAUCGCAGUCUUGCUCUUGCCACCUCCCUGGUCGCCGCUGUGGCGCGCGGCCAGCAGGUAGGAACACAACAAACGGAGACUCACCCCUCGAUGACCUGGUCGAAAUGUUCUUCCGGAGGUUCUUGCUCAACUCAACAGGGCAAGGUGGUCAUUGAUGCCAAUUGGCGUUGGGUCCACGACAAGACGGCCAACAGCUAUACUAACUGCUAUACCGACAAUAGCUGGGAUGCCACACUUUGCCCCGACAACAAGAAGUGCGCGGCCAACUGUGCUCUCGAGGGUGCUGACUACAAGGCUACAUAUGGUGCUGAGGUCAGCGGCAAUUCUUUGAAGCUCACAUUCGUUACCAAGGGUACUUAUGCUACCAACAUCGGAUCCCGUCUGUAUUUGAUGGAUACCGAUACCUCAUACCAGCAAUUCAAGCUCCUGAACAACGAGUUCACCUUCGACGUUGAUGUUUCCAAGCUACCGUGCGGUCUCAAUGGUGCUCUUUACUUCGUUUCCAUGGAUGCAGAUGGUGGAAUGAAGAGAUUCUCAACCAACAAAGCCGGUGCAAAGUAUGGUGUCGGAUACUGUGAUGCGCAAUGCCCGCGCGAUCUCAAGUUCAUCAACGGCGAGGCCAACGUUGAGAACUGGAAGCCCUCCAGCAAUGACCCGAAUGCCGGUGUUGGAGGACACGGCUCUUGCUGCGCUGAGAUGGAUAUCUGGGAGGCUAACUCCAUGGCUGCCGCCGUGACACCCCAUUCAUGCAAGACCGUCUCUCAAACCCGAUGUGAUGGUGACGACUGUGGAGGAACCUACUCCGCCACCCGAUAUGCCGGUGUUUGCGAUCCCGACGGAUGCGAUUUCAACUCCUACCGCCAGGGUGACACGAGCUUCUACGGCAAGGGCCUCACCGUCGAUACCAGCAAGAAGUUCACGGUCGUGACGCAAUUCAUUGGCAGCCCCUUGACUGAGAUCAAGCGCUUCUACGUCCAGAAUGACAAGGUCAUCCCCAACUCUCAGUCCUUGAUCCCCAACGUCACCGGAAACUCCAUCACCCCUGCCUUCUGUGACGCCCAAAAGGCCGCCUUUGGUGACAAUUACUCUUUCAAGACCCAAGGUGGCUUCCCAUCCAUGAGCUCUGCUCUCGAUGCUGGCAUGACCCUCGUCAUGUCCAUUUGGGAUGAUCAUUACGCCAACAUGCUCUGGCUCGACUCCACAUACCCAACCACCAACAGCGCUCCAGGUGGACCCAGAGGUGCCUGCGAUGUCACCUCCGGUGUCCCAGCUGAUGUUGAGAAGGCCAGCCCCGACGCCAGCGUCAUCUACUCCAACAUCAAGUUCGGCCCCAUCGGCUCCACAUUCAAGCAACCAUAA